AUGUCUGCAAGUGACGAUCGAACGACACAAAGCCCCGGUUUCGGAAAGAGACUCGAGGAAUUCCUUCGGAGGCAAAUUCACGAGCGUGACGAAUUCAGUACUUCACUGGCUGGCGUGUCAGAGCCUGUUCUACGACAGGCGAUCGAUACUCUGUGCAGCGAGCUUCCGUUUCUCGAACGUAGUCAAGUUCAACGAGCUGCUGAAGUCGGGAAACAUGCAAACUACUACUACCGACUGUCUAGCAGACAGAUCACGAACCUAAACCCCGUGGUUAAUCUCGAACAACAUGAGAAGGAUAGUCUCGUAGAAGAGCGAGAAAAGCUCUUCAGCCAACGUGGCAUGCUCAGCAUCAUCUGUACUGUAUCACUCGCUGCAUUCCUCCAGGGUCAUGUUCAGUCCUCGAUCAAUGCUAUGAGCCUCUUCGUCGAGACAAUCGACAUCGAUAUCAGGGACGGUCAUGGUCAAGAAGGAAGGGCUGGGAAUACUGCAGAGUGGCAGCUUGGUGCCAUGAAUGCGAUACCCUUUCUCACUGCUGCAUUCCCCGGUGCUGCACUGUCGCUUCCUGUCAAUUAUUGCCUCGGACGACGAGGAGCUCUAGGCCUCUCAGCUCUACUCAUCAUCGCCAGUUCAGUAGGCUCCGGCUUUGCUAAGACAUGGCAGCAGGUCCUUGGUGCCAGAGUUGUUGGUGGAGUAGCCAUGGGCAUCAAGGCAGUCAGCGCCCCUAUCCUGGCUUCCGAGACAGCUGUUGGCUACUGGAGAGGCUCAACGAUACUCGCAUGGCAGCUUUGGGUCGCAUGUGGUAUCAUGAUUGGAUUUGUCGUCAACUUCAUAAUUGCUGCUGGAACCACCACUUUGGAAGGGGACCCAAACACACAGCUCAACAUACACGAUGGUAGAUACCACGCAUUACAGUGGAUAGCUGCAGCGCCUGCAGUUCCGUCUCUAUUACUACUGGUUGCUGUCUGCUAUUGCUACGAGAGCCCUCGAUUCUAUAUGCGACCUGGUACGCCCAAUUAUAACCUCAGUCGCGCAUUCGACAUUCUGCUGCAAGUUCGAAAAACAAGACUCCAGGCCACUCGUGAUCUCUUCCUCAUAUGGUGGUCCACUCGAAAUGAGGAAGGCCACGUCCUUCGAACGGAACUGCACAAGAGCCGUAAUAGAAACACUGGACACCCCGAGCACAAUUUCAGAUCAAAUGCAGAUGCUUCUAGCAACAACAAAUCACCAAACUCCGGACUGACAUAUUCAUCCCUCAUCCUUGUCGUAUUGCAGCUCUCAGCGGAUCAGUUCAGGCCUUUGUUCACAAGUCGACGACUCAGAAAUGCCUUAUGGAGCAGCAGUACAGUUGCUCUUGCACAGCAGCUUUGUGGAAUCAACGUUUUCGCAUUCUACUCCAAUGGGAUCUUUAGCAACUACGGUGUCAAAACAAGUAUGGGCUACAGUUUUGGCUUUGGUUGUGUCAACUUCUUCUUUGGAUUGUUAGCCAUGAGGUCCAUCGACAUCAUCGGGCGACGUCGUUGGCUAUUGUCGACUCUACCUUUGAUGAGUCUCUUCCUUAUGGCAGCUGCAGUGGCAUAUGCUAUAGGGCCACAGGAUCCUGCCGGAGACCCAAAAGCAAACACACCAGCUUCUAUUGCUGGCAUCAUUUUUAUAUACCUGUUUGCUGCUGUUUAUAGUCCAGGCUUGGGACCAAUCCCGUUCACUCUAGCUUCUGAGAGCUUCCCUCUAAAGAACCGAGAAGCGGGGGCAUCGAUCGCAAUCUCUAUCAACCUGUUUUUCGCGGGCCUCUUGACUAUCCUCUUGCCCCGUAUCAACGUGGUUUUCAAGAUGGCCGGAACACUGGGCUUUUUUGCCGGUCUCAACAUUGUCGCCUUUGUUCUCAUUUUCUUCUUUGUUGAAGAGACAAAACAGCUCACUCUUGAAGAACUUGACCAAGUGUUUGACAAUCCCAAGAGUCAGUUUGCAAACUACCAAGUUACCAAACGUCUCCCCUUUAUCUCCAAGAAGUAUCUGUUGUGGAGGAGGGAUGCCGAGAGACCCCAAGCCUACGAUGAAUGGGCGCUUGAGAAUAGACAAGGGUCUGAUUGGAGGAGACGGGAUUGA